GCAUUUAAUUCCUGGAAGAAACACAUGGAGAUUGGAGAAUGUAGUGUUCCAUAUAUAUGCGAAAGCAAUUUUAUAUUGAAAGUCUCACUUAUUUCUCAGUGUUUCUCAGUACGUUUGUGAACCUUCCUGAUAUUUAUUUGCGUUAAAAUUAUCAUUUGCCACAACUAUAGUAAAACUAAAAAGAAAAAAUGACUCAAGCGCGGUUUUAAGUGACAAAUCAACGUGGUUCUUCAUUGUUAAUGCUCAUCAUCAUCAUCAUCAUCAAUCGUCUCUAUAAUUCGCAACCGUUACUUUUUAAUACGAGAAUCCGAACAUCAGUGUCUUGAAUAUAAAUCCAGUUUUUUUUUUUGGAGUUUUAACGAAAAAUGCCGGGCAAUCGGGACAAACAUGAAACGAACAAUUCUCAGGAUGUGUUGCCACCACAUUAUAUGCACGAAUUACCGGCUCAGGAUGAAGAAAGAUUGGAAAAAUUAUUUCAAUCUCUGGACCAAGAUGGAAAUGGCAGAAUUGACGUUCACGAUCUUUCCAAAGCACUCCAUCAAGCUGGUGUGCACAGACACUAUGCGGAGAAAUUUCUUGCUAGAUCUGAUCAGACGAAAAGCGGUGACAUUAGUUUAGCUGAAUUUAUUCACUAUAUCAAGGAACAUGAAAAAAAUUUGCGACUACAAUUUUCUGAUUUGGAUAAAAAUCAAGAUGGAAAAAUUGAUCUGGAGGAAUUAAUAAGAGCCUUUAAGGAUUUGGGAAUUGAAAUGGAGAGAGCGGAAGCAAGGAAAUUAUUGCAAAGAAUGGACAAAGAUGGAAGUCUCAAUAUUAGUUUCAAUGAGUGGAGAGAUUUUUUACUCUACGCACCGAGUACGAACAUCCACGAUCUUAUUCAUUAUUGGCGUCAUUCAACGUAUAUGGACAUUGGAGAGGACAUUGGAGUUCCUGAUGAUUUUACAAAUAGCGAAAUGAUUUCUGGAAUGUGGUGGAGACAUUUACUUGCCGGAGGUAUAGCUGGAGCAGUUUCACGAACUUGUACAGCACCUUUAGAUCGGAUAAAAGUUUAUCUGCAGGUCCAUGGGACAAGACAUUGCAAUAUUUUUAGUUGUGGCAAAUAUAUGUUACGUGAAGGUGGAGUAACGAGUUAUUGGAGAGGAAAUGGAAUUAAUGUACUUAAAAUAGGUCCUGAAUCUGCGUUAAAAUUUGCGGCUUACGAACAAGUCAAAAGAUAUAUCAAAGGCUAUAAUAACAAUAAAGAACUCAAUAUUUAUGAAAGGUUUAUUGCUGGCUCAGUGGCUGGUGGAUUUAGUCAGUCGAUUAUAUAUCCAUUAGAAGUAAUGAAGACGAGAUUGGCACUGAGAAAAACGGGAGAAUACACUGGAAUUUUAGACGCUGCUAAAAAAAUAUACGGUCAUGGGGGUUUAAAAACAUUUUACAGAGGCUACGUUCCAAAUUUAAUUGGAAUUCUUCCUUAUGCAGGAAUAGAUUUGGCUGUGUAUGAGACACUAAAGAAUAAUUAUAUAAGGACGCACAAUAAGGAUGAACGCCCAUCAGUUUGGCUGGUACUUUUGUGUGGUACAGUUUCAAGCACAACUGGGCAAGUUUGCUCGUAUCCUUUAGCUCUAGUCAGAACACGAUUGCAAGCUCAGGUUGCACCUGAAAGUUCUUCCAGUAUGCUCGGAGUUAUUCGAGAUAUUCUUCAUCGAGAAGGAGUUCGAGGCUUGUACCGUGGCCUCACGCCUAAUUUUCUAAAAGUCGCGCCAGCAGUAUCGACAAGUUACGUCGUUUAUGAGCAUGUAAGGCAAGCUUUAGGAGUUAACAUGACGUGAUGAACAUGCGCACUAGGAACUAUUAAUUUAAUUAAAUUAUUCCGCAAUAUUUUUUUUUUUUUUUUUUUUUUUUAUAUAUAUAAA